AGAUCAGGCCUUUGUGACACUGACCACAAACGAUGCCUACGCCAAAGGUGCUCUGGUCCUGGGCUCGUCUCUGAAACAGCACAGGACCACCAGGAGGCUGGCUGUGCUCACCACCCCGCAGGUCUCAGACUCCAUGAGGAAAGUUUUAGAGACAGUCUUUGAUGAAAUCAUCAUGGUGGACGUCUUGGACAGUGGCGAUUCUGCUCAUUUAACCUUGAUGAAGAGGCCUGAGUUGGGUGUCACAUUGACGAAACUCCACUGCUGGUCACUAACACAGUACUCAAAAUGUGUAUUCAUGGAUGCGGAUACGCUGGUCCUAGCAAAUAUUGAUGAUCUUUUUGAGAGAGAAGAAUUGUCAGCAGCACCAGACCCAGGGUGGCCCGACUGCUUCAAUUCCGGAGUCUUCGUGUUUCAGCCUUCUAUUGAAACAUAUAAUCAGCUGUUGCAGCUUGCUUCUGAGCAAGGGAGUUUUGAUGGCGGGGACCAGGGCUUACUGAACACGUUUUUUAGCAGCUGGGCGACAACAGAUAUCAGAAAACACCUGCCAUUUAUUUAUAACCUAAGCAGCAUUUCUAUAUACUCCUACCUCCCAGCAUUUAAAGCGUUUGGUGCAGGUGCCAAAGUUGUGCAUUUCCUGGGACGAGUCAAACCAUGGAAUUAUACGUAUGAUCCCAAAACAAAAAGUGUCAAAAGUGAGCCCCGUGACCCCACCGUGACUCAUCCAGAGUUUCUCAACCUGUGGUGGGACAUCUUCACCACCAGUGUUUUACCUCUGCUUCAGCAAUAUGGCCUUGUCAAAGACGCCUGCUCAUACCUAAAUGUGCUUUCAGACUUGGUCUAUACACUGGCUUUCUCUUGUGGCUUCUGUAGAAAGGAAGGUGUCUCAGGAGCCAUAGCACACCUGUCCCUCGGGGAGCUUCCAGCUACGGCACAGCCUUUUGUAUCCUCAGAAGAACGGAAGGAACGGUGGGAACAGGGCCAGGCUGAUUAUAUGGGAGCAGAUUCCUUUGACAACAUCAAGAGGAAACUUGACACUUACCUCCAGUAGGAACACUGCCAUUUUCCUGUGGACACAUCUACUUCACAGGCAUUUGUUUCUGAUACUUAGUAUCUAGAACUGGGUUGAGAAGUCUGUUACAGUUGCUAGAGGCUUUCACUAAAACUCACCAGAUGAGGGGUUUUUGCAGAACAGGGGAAAACUGGGCAAAAGGUGUUAAAUAGCAGUUUUGUUACAUGGAAAGUGUUCUGCUCUUUAACCCUAGACUUAUUUAGCUCGUGAUUCAGAAAUUCUCAGUUAUGCUGAUUGCCAACAUACGUGGAAAAGGAAAGUCAGUAUUAAGCUGUUAAAAGAUGGCUAUAUCAGCUCUUAAAGUGUGCACAGCCAGGCUUCACACUGGUCUCUCCCUUGAGAACAGGACAUGGCCCCCGUCCCUUGCUUGCUCUUGUACCAACCAUUCACUAGAUCUGCAUUUUAGAAUUGCCCAGUGCUGCCAGAGUGAUAAUUCUGCUUUCAAGUAAAAACAGCCUACAGUAACACUGUUGAGUGAUUCAUAAACAUACCAACAAAUGGCGUUAACUCACUUUAUUUCUUAGUGUCUGAAGAUAGUCACCAGUUUUCUAUGUACAGUUAAGGCAGCAUGCUAAAAUGCUUUUGUUCAGUUCUGUAUAUUUGAAAAUAGUGGUAUGUUCUCUGAUGGUUACCUGCAGUGGCACCCUGUAUGAAAAAUAAAGACUUACUGCCAUA